CGCUGCAUCCCUUCCCCUCCUCCUCCUCGGGUACCAGCCCGGCGACGAGGUGCAGUGAGCUCAGCAGCGCCUUCCAGUCCAGUCCAGCAAAGGGCUGAGCCGGAGCCCUGCCGCCCCGGCUCGGGUGGAGUAAGCCGGGGAGCCCCAUGCACACAGACUGCCCGGGCAGUAGCCAUGCACUCAGGCGUGGAGUUAAAGAGAGCCAUCUCUGCCAGCAUGGAGGCAGAGAAACCAAUGAGACGCUACGGGGCAGUGGAGGAGACUGAGUGGAAAGCUGAGGGGCUGGGGAGAAAUCAACUUGACAUUAUCUCAAUGGCUGAAACAACAAUGAUGCCUGAGGAGAUCGAAUUGGAGAUGGCAAAGAUCCAGAGGCUUCGGGAAGUCUUAGUCAGAAGAGAAUCAGAGCUCAGGUUUAUGAUGGAUGACAUCCAGCUGUGCAAGGACAUCAUGAACCUUAAACAGGAACUGCAGAAUUUAGUAGCAAUUCCAGAAAAAGAAAAAACAAAAAUGCAGAAACAAAGAGAGGAUGAAUUGAUUCAGAAGAUCCAUAAACUGGUGCAAAAAAGAGAUUUUCUUGUAGAUGAUGCAGAGGUGGAGAGAUUAAGAGAGCAAGAGGAAGACAAGGAGAUGGCUGAAUUCCUGCGGAUCAAAUUAAAACCCUUAGACAAAGUAACACGAUCUCCUGCCAGUACCCCAGCAGAAAAGAAGGCAGAACCUCCUCCAAGCAAGCCCACCGUCGCCAAAACAGGAAUAGCUAUUAUUAAAGAUUGUUGUGGGGCCACGCAAUGCAACAUCAUGUAGCUCCAGUCUCUCUACCAAUUGUAUCUGUCUUUUUUUCAAAUGUUUUUAUUGGAUAAAACUGUAGGGUGAAAGGAUUUUAAAGCAUCCUGAUAGUUGAAUCAAGAAAUACUGUAAACAUUACAGUAAUGUACUGAAUGUACUAAUGGUGAAUCCUUCACUGUUGCAUGGAUCACUCAGUGUGCAUGCUUAAAAUAAAGGAAUAUAUAUAGCAGCUGUCCAAUGACCAGAACAGAUAGUAAAAAUAGCUGAAAAGAUACAUACAAUUCUUUGGCAAAAGUGAAUUAGAAAAGUGUAUAUUUUAUCCAAUAAUGUUUAAAAUAGCAGUUUUAAAAAGUCAGCACUUUGUAGGAUUUGUUAUACACCUUUUUCCCUUGGCAAGUUUUAUUCAAACACAUGCCAAGGUCUAAAUAUAAUAAUGUCCUGUCUAGGCUAUUUUUCAAAAUGAAACCUUAGAGUAGCGAUACUGUAUAUAGUGCAACCAAUGGAUGAAGCAAAUUUAGUACAACUGGUGUUGCACACAAAAUAUUUAUUGAACUAGUACAACAUAUGACUACUUUGCUGUGUAGUUUCAUUUCCAGUUCUUCGCAUGGAACAGAUAAGAACAACAAAGAUCCUGCUCAUCAGCUUGUAUUUUAUUAUGGCAUUUCAGUGACCCUGUGGUCAAAUGUCCUAUGUGGCUUUUAAACAAUGCAAUUCAAAAGGAGAUUACCUGUCCAUUUGGAAAUUGGUUUCUGCUAAAUUCUUAGCAGGCACAGCUAUAGUUUUUGGUGUAAAUUCAAACACUGCAUCAUUUAUUUGCUUGCAAGCCCUCCACCUUGCAGAGAUGCAAUAAUACUGAGAGUGCAGUCAACUGUUAAAACCACAACUAAAUGCACUGUGAGAUUAUGUAUCGCAAGCUCAAUAGGUUGCUGUCCAGAAGGGGAGAAAAACAUGACCGCAGCAGGAUCAUUUAACUUAUGAAACAGGGUGCUGUAAAGGGCUAUUAAUCAGAUUCUUAACGUCCAUGAGAAACUUUAGCUGCCAACUAUUAUAAAAAGACAAUACAUCCCCAAAUUCUGUCUUCAAGAUUAAAAAUAAUAAACAUAAAAGGUGAAGUUUUGGGUACUAAAAAGAUAGCAAUACAUAAAAUAGUGGUUUCAAAACUAAGGGAAAAACAAUUAGGUCUGAUACUUGAUGUUUCACAUUUCAAUUGGUAUGCAGAUGAACAUAUGUAAAAUAUAGUUGUCCCUUUACUAGCUGUCAAUAAGAUGGUGCAUCUGUGUGACUAGUGUACCAUAUUAUAGGUGUAUGUUGUGAUGGGUGUAAGUAGUUUAAUGAACAUGUUCUGAUGUGAAAACAUUGGGCUUUAAAAAAAGAUGAUGGAAUGUUCCUAAAAGAAAAACGUUUUUCAAGCUGAACAACUGUUUCUUAAUACUGGAUAAACAAAACACUACAUAUAAACCCACAGGAAAUAAUAGUUACAGUAGGGGAAGCCAAUAAAAAAAUCAGUGAGUUAUGUAACUAAAGGUAGAUGUUAAACACUUCUGAAAGAGCUGAAGCACUGUUUAGUUCAGAUUCAGGGAUGUAAACAUUCAAAAUAAUAUAAAAACCGAACUGCCUGAGGUGUAUUGGUCCUAUAUGUAGCAUCUGCAUCUCCAAACAACCUGUUUCACUGUCACAAACUCUUUUCAAGAACCAUACUACAAGAAGACUAAAGAGCAGCAGGGGAGCAGGCCUAAGAAACAAAGAACAUAUGUUACUU